CUGGGCUGGCGAGGGAAAAGCGGGCGACAUGCUCACGUAGAGGGCAUGAAUUACACGACGAAUGGCGGGACGAAUGGCUGAUGAAUAUGACUGACAAGGGUCAAGUAUCAAAAGAUGUGAAGCCAAUAGGGGACCACCUCGACAGGUCAUGGGCUCGGCCGCUGGCGAAAGGCCUUCGUAUUCUAGAUUAGCAAAUGAGGAAAGUAAAUCUCGCACUCCCAUGCCCGUUCUCGUCUGUGAUUCAGCCGCGAACCGUGAUCCGCCUUGACAGGUGGGUGGGCCGGCAACUGGGGAGCUGGGGAGCUGAACGCGCCACCCCGGGCUACCCGUUCUCGUGCCAGCCGUUGUCGUGUCCUACAGCUGGGAUCAAAGGGUGUGCGCUCCGAUGGCACGCUGAGGUUGCCCAGCUUCCCUGUCACUCCGUAGUGGCAACAACACGAGCCCCUGUGGGCCCCGUCCCGUCCCGUCCCGUCUGCAGGGCCACCCGGGUGCGAACGCCAGGCGAUCAGAUUGGCGAUAGCGAAAGGCGGGAUCAACUGGAAACCGCGGGGAGCGAGCCCAGCUCCCGAGGGCCGCGGGUCUUGGGUAUGCAGGGUUGGGAGAUCGCAAACAGUGGUUAGGCAGUCGGCACUGGCGCAGAGGAUGUGAUAAACGGCUAGGCCUAGGCGGGUCUGUAUG